AUGAUUGACUACAGCGAGUCAUGGCUCAUCCUCACACUCUUCAAGUGGAAAGGAUCCGUCUUCCCCCGGUCCUGCCUCUUCGCGGUGCCCGCCGCCUUGAUCACCGUCUUCCUCGUGCAGGCUCAAGAUGCGCUGGAAGUCGACCUGCGACAGGAGCUUGGAUUGCUGGAUGCUCACCGGAGUCAGCUGUGGAUCAUCUCUCUAGGUGUCCUUCAUGCUCUUCUUGUCUUUCGCAUCCAACGAGCUAUGGAGCGCUUCUGGGAAGGGACCGGCUUGCUGCACCAGAUGCGGGGAGAGUGGUUCGAUGCCGUGAGUUGCUGUGUGACAUUCUCGCGAGCAUCUAUGCCAAUAAGGCCUCAAGAGACAAUGAGAUUCCGACAUGCGAUCGUGCGUCUAAUGAGCCUCUGCCAUGGAAGUGCGCUGGAGGAGAUUGGAGGCGAAGAUGGCGACUUUUGCGAAACCAUCGAUUCGCAUGGAUUAGCCACUCUCACCUUGGAGCACUUGACGGACUGUGCUGAGGAGUACGAUUUCAAUCGGGUCGAGGUGCUGUUGCACAUGAUCCAGUCGCUAAUCACUCACAACCUGGAUGUCGGAGUGUUGAAAGUGCAACCUCCCAUCCUAUCGCGAGUCUAUCAGACCCUCUCCAGAGGAUUCGUGAAUCUUUUAAAUGCUAAGAAAAUUGCGGACACAAGGUUUCCGUUUCCCUUUGCACAGCUGAUUUCGGCGCUUUUGUUCUUACACGUUGUAUUGCUUCCAGUUCUAAUCUCCGCGGUGAUUUCCCAAGCAUGGUUAGCCUUCACAUUCACGUUUCUUCCAAUCUUCUCGAUGUGCUGCCUCAACUACAUUGGAGUUGAGCUUGAGAACCCCUUUGGUCGUGACGCUAACGACUUGCCCUUGAAGCACUUCCAGGUGCCCCGAUGGUUUUCCGAUGGGGUCAAGAACUACCAAGUCACCGGCUAUGUUUUGCUUGACGAUGCAUGGAGACCCCUUGUGGGCACCUUGCAGGCACAAGUUUUGUCGCUGCUCGCCUGCCACUGCAUCAUCCAGGUGCUGAAAAGCCGUCCGCCCGAGUGGAGCGGGGACUGCCCUUUAUGCCGUGUCCACGUCAGUAUCUACAACUUGCGGGAUGAGAACGACGAGCUUCUGGUGCAACCUGAUGUACACGAACUGUGGGGUUGCGUGUUCAUUCAGCAUGGGCAGAUAGGCCUGGCCAGCUAUCACUUUGACUCCCCAGAGGAGUGCUACAUAUCAUAUGAGAACGCUCCUCCGCAUUGGCGCUUGGACAAUGGCAGCAAGCCGCCUGCAAAGAAGUAUUGGACAGAUGCAAGCUUCCAUGAAGAUGAGUUGACCUUCCGGGGUGUGAUUCAUUGGGAUCCGCCUUUUAAUGGGGAGGUAAAGUGGAGAUAUCGCAUUCAGUUUUCUGAAGAUUUCUCGGGAGUCGUUGGUGGUGAGAUAGUUGCAACCUCGGCUACCGGUUCCGAGAAAACCACACCGUUUCUGGCUCCCUGGAUAGCUGAGUGGGAGAGGCACCUGUCGUACCUUCGGUGGACUCCUCCACCCAGCACCAUCUUUGGCAGUGUUUACGUCCAAGGGGCUGUGUAUGCAGGCGUCCAUGAGGGGGUUGCAAGCUAUCAUUUCGACAGCUUGAAGAACUGCUACAUAUCAUAUGCAAAUGCUCCAGAUUCUUGGCUUCUGGAUGAUGGCUCUCCACCUCCACGACGAAAACCAUUUGAACAGGUUUCAUAUGAGCAGGAUACGCGAACGUUCCGCGGAGUUGUGAAAUGGCCUCAAGGAUUUGACGGAGCCGCCCUCUGGGAAUACACCAUGGUAUUUGCUCCGGAUUUUAGCUUCAUUUCAUCAGGCAAAGUGCAGCCUUACGGACCUAGUGGCCGUCCCUUGCGCAGUGCGCAGUACUUUGGUGAUCCCAUGACUGGCUUGAUGCUGUCAGCUGUGCUUUACUAUACACGGAAGCCAUCCGUGCUUUCAGCCAAUGAGAAGGUGCGUGCCACAAUCCUUGCUUUGGAUGAUAGUGAAGCUGGUCAAGAAGAUGCUGUGGAGACUGUGGAGCCAGAACAGCAAGAGCAACGAGAGCCUGCCAGCGCGUCCGCUGAGAUGAACAACUGCCUGCUGAUGCUGUUGCACUCCAGCGCGGAUCUGAUGGCAGGCAUCAGCAAGCAGCGCUGCCUCAUGGACAUCAUGGAAAUCAGAAAGGCCAUGCAUGGCACUUUGUCUGAAAGUUGGCUUCAGGAGACCCUCGACAAAGCGGCGCCGGGCAGCCCUGACGAACCAGCCAACGUCAAAGACGUUGAGGAAGAAGAGUCGCAGUCCGGCUCCAUGGUGCAAGAAGCUGCUGGCACGGAGGUUGUCCUGCCACAGGUGACAGCGCAAGGCGAAACCUCGUCGGACGGUGGAGCUGCUCCGAUGUUUGAGGAGCCCUUUGAGGAAAAACUACAGCCUACAACACUGCUGCAAGGCAUGGACCAGGCGGUGAUGGCUCUGACGGGUAUCAGACAGGCCAUAGCGAUGCAAGCAACUGACGUCGAUCGAAGCAUCGAUGGAUUCUUGGCACUGGCCAAGAAGCUCAGGAAAACAGAUCAAGUAGACGAUCUUGUUGCAGACGAAGCUGAGCCAGCAGACGUGGAGUUCACGUUUGGAUGGGACUGCUCUGCCAUUCCUUCCUUCGAGGCCUCCGGCUGA